GUCUAGAAUGCUGUGACGCCUGCUCUUCACCACCCCGAUCGACGUGCAGCAAGACUCGCAAUUUCUCCUUAAGUGGAAGUCACGUUUGAUCAGCCAUGCCUCCUCGUAGGAGAGCGCCGAUUUCCGCGGCCAACUUGCGAUCUACGCAACCUGGAGAGGCCGCCUCGUCUUCAAGACUAGGGAACGCCGAUGCUUCGAAACGCAGACGUCUCUCCCAGUCUAAGCCUGCUCCGCCGCCCAAGGAGCCAUCCCCCGUCGUCGAGGAACAGCCGCAAGGUUCCGAUGAGGAGCAUUCUCACACUUCGUACCGCCACCGAGAUCCCUUUGACGCCCUCCUCGAACCGUUCUACUACAACAAGGGCCUGACGGAUCCGAUCAACACCGCCCAGGACAAAUGGAACUUGUUGCCAGCCUUCCUCAAGGUCAAGGGACUGGUGAAGCAGCAUAUCGACUCGUACAACUACCUCGUAGAGGUUCAAUUGAAGAAGAUCGUCGAAUCCAGCUCCACCAUCCGUAGCGAUGUCGACCACAACUUUUACAUAAAGUUCACCAACAUCUACUUGGGCUUUCCGCGACGUGCGGAUGAACCGCAAGAUGUCCGCGCCGAUUUCUCGGAGUCCACCGUCGCCCCGCAUGAAUGUCGUCUUCGUGACACAACCUAUGCGGCGCCCAUCCAGGUUGAUUUCGAGUACGUCCGUGGUCGGCAGAGGGUCAUGAGAAAGGGUGUGGCUAUUGGAAGAAUGCCGGUCAUGCUUCGAAGUUCGAAGUGUGCAUUGGCGAACAAGACUCCGGCGGAGAUGUCGGUCCUGAACGAGUGCCCUCUCGACCCCGGUGGUUACUUCAUUGUCAACGGCACAGAGAAGGUCAUCCUCGUUCAGGAGCAGUUGAGCAAAAACAGAAUCAUCGUGGAGACAGAUCCGAAGAAAGAGAUCGUUCAGGCCUCUGUGACCAGUUCUUCCAACGAACGUAAGUCGAAGAGUUAUAUCGUUUUGAAGAAGGACAAACUCUACGUGAAACACAACGUUCUCAGCGAGGACAUCCCCAUCGUCAUCCUGCUCAAGGCCAUGGGUAUCCACACCGACAAAGAGAUGCUCUUGCUCGUCGCCGGUGUCGAUAAGGUAUACCAGGAAGAUUUUGCAAUCAACUUCGAAGAAGCCAUCAAACUUGGUAUCUACACGCAGCAGCAAGCACUCGAUUGGAUCGGCGCACGAAUCAAGAUCAACCGCAAACAGAAUUCCUACCGCCGUACUCACGUUCAAGAAGCCGUGGAAGCCAUUGCCUCUGUCAUUAUUUCCCACAUCGAAGUCAAGAACAUGGACUUCCGACCCAAGGCUAUCUACGUUGCCCACAUGGCUCGUCGUGUUCUCAUGGCCAAGAAUGAUGCCACUUUGGUGGACGAUCGUGACUAUCUCGGAAACAAGCGGUUGGAACUGGCUGGCCAGCUGUUGGCACUGCUUUUCGAAGAUUUGUUCAAGAAGUUCUGCUUCGAUAUCAAGAUGAAUAUCGACAAAGUGCUGAACAAGCGUAACCGCGCAGAAGCGUUCGAUGCCUAUAGUGUGAUCACGAUGCAUAGCAACCACAUCACCCAAGGAAUGAAUCGCGCCAUCUCCACUGGAAAUUGGAGCUUGAAGCGUUUCCGCAUGGAGCGUGCAGGUGUGACACACGUGCUCAGUCGGUUGAGUUACCUUGCAGCCCUGGGUAUGAUGACGCGUAUCAGCAGUCAGUUCGAAAAGACUAGAAAGGUCAGUGGUCCCAGAGCACUGCAACCAUCGAACUUCGGUAUGCUCUGUCCAGCAGAUACACCCGAAGGUGAAGCCUGUGGUCUUGUAAAGAACUUGGCACUCAUGACUCAUAUCACAACAAACGAUGAGGAGGGUCCUAUCCGGAACUUGAUCUUCAUGCUAGGUGCUGAAGACAUCUCGACUGUUGGUGGAAAGGAGCUCUAUGGUCCGGGCUGCUACACGAUCUCGAUCAACGGUACUCCCAUGGCGCUCACUCGACGCCCAAAAUUCUUCCUUAACGCCUUCCGAAGACUUCGUCGGAUGGGACGUAUCUCCGAAUUUGUCAGCAUUUACAUCAACCACCAUCAAGGAGCUGUCCACGUAGCCACUGACGAUGGAAGAAUUUGCAGACCGCUAGUCAUUGUCGACAAUGGCAAGUCUCGCGUCAAAGCACACCAUCUCGAGAAGCUGCGGGAUGGUACCAUGUCUUUUGACGACUUCCUUGCUCAAGGAUUGGUGGAAUACCUUGACGUGAACGAGGAGAACGAUUCGUUGAUCGCUAUAUAUGAGAAAGACAUUACAGAAACAACAACUCACCUAGAGAUUGAGCCGUUUACUGUUCUUGGAGCUGUCGCCGGUCUGAUUCCCUAUCCCCACCACAACCAGUCGCCCCGUAACACCUAUCAAUGUGCUAUGGGUAAACAAGCAAUUGGUGCGAUUGCUUCGAAUCAGUUCUUGCGGAUUGAUUCCAUUCUAUACCUUAUGGUUUACCCUCAGAAGCCGAUGGUUAAGACUCGCACGAUCGAGCUGGUUAAGUACGAUCAGCUUCCUGCUGGACAGAAUGCAACCGUUGCGGUCAUGAGUUAUUCGGGAUACGAUAUUGAGGAUGCCCUCGUGUUGAACAAGGGAUCUGUGGAUCGUGGUUUUGGAAGAUGUCAGGUGUUCAAGAAAUACGUCACCAACCUGAAGAGUUACUCGAACGGCACCAAGGACCGGUUGAGUGGACCGCAGUAUGAGAACGAUGCGCCAAUCAGGAAGCAUGCUCUCUUGGAAAGCGAUGGUCUCGCUGCUGUGGGUGAGCAGGUCAACGCCGGCGAAGUCUACAUUAACAAGUCCACUCCCGACCAGUCGAUGUCUUCCGGGUUCGCCAGCUCCGACCCCGGCCGUCCCGUUUCCUAUAUGCCCACGCCCAUGACCUACAAGCUUCCCGAUCCUGCCUACAUCGACAAGGUCAUGGUAUCCGUGACUGAGAACGAGAACCAGUUGGUCAAGGUUCUGACUCGCCAGACGCGUCGUCCCGAAGUCGGUGAUAAGUUCUCCUCCCGUCACGGACAGAAGGGUGUCGUGGGCAUCAUCGCCGACCAAGCCGAUAUGCCUUUCACCGACCAAGGAAUCAACCCCGAUAUUAUCAUGAAUCCCCACGGUUUCCCGUCUCGAAUGACGGUCGGAAAGAUGUUGGAGCUUGUUGCCGGUAAAGCCGGUGUCUUGGCCGGUCACCACGGUUACGGCACUUGCUUCGGCGGCACUCCGGUCCAGGAGGCAUCUCAGGUCCUGAUCGACCACGGCUUCAGCUACGGUGGUAAAGACUAUCUCACCUCCGGCAUCACUGGCGAGGCCCUGCCGUUCUAUGUCUUCACCGGGCCCAUCUACUACCAGAAGCUCAAGCACAUGGUCCAGGACAAGAUGCACUCGCGUGCCCGCGGACCGCGCGCGAUCCUCACUCGCCAGCCGACGGAGGGUCGUUCCCGUGACGGUGGUCUCCGUCUCGGUGAGAUGGAACGUGACUGCUUGAUCGCCUACGGUACUAGUCAAUUGCUGCUGGAGCGACUGAUGAUUUCGUCCGAUCGACACGAAAUCGACGUGUGCGAGCAGUGUGGCUUCAUGGGAUACCUGAAUUGGUGUCAACGGUGCAAGUCCUCUCGCAGUGUCGUGAAGAUGGCCAUUCCUUACGCAGCCAAGCUUCUCAUCCAGGAGUUGAUGAGUAUGAACGUGACUGCGCGUUUGAAGCUGGAGGACGAGUUCCCGGAAAUGAAGGGCCGUUAAUCUAACAUCAGCAUACCAGCACAAAAAACAACGUCAGUUGAAUUUUCUGGGUCAAAAAAAAAAAAGAAAAGAAAAAAGUCCAGGUCAUUUACAAAAAGUCAGAGGCGUUUAUAGCAAGUAUUGGAAGGGUGCGUGCUUUUUGGAAUUCUCGGGAGGUUUUCGUAUGUACGGUACAUAGCGGUUUGCAUGCAUAGCGCUCGGCGAUGCGGUCGAAAUUGAAUAGAAACAAAUCAGAAACAAGC